CUUCUGAUGACAGGUAAACAGGAAUAAAUAUCAAUGGGAGGAGGAAACCAAACUUAUGUAGUUGAAUUUAUUCUGCUGGGACUCUCAGAAGAUCCUAAAAUCCAAAUCUUGCUAUUCUGUAUUUUCUUGAUCAUCUAUCUCCUUUCUGUAUUUGGAAACCUGCUAAUCAUAAUCCUCAUCCAAACUGACUCUCGACUUCAUACACCCAUGUACUUUUUCCUCAAAAACUUAUCCUUUGCUGACCUUUGCUUCUCUACAAGCAUUGUACCCCAGAUGUUGGUCCACUUCCUUUCACAAAGGAAAACCAUUUCUUUUAUUGGAUGUUCAAUACAGAUAGUGGUCUUUCUCCUAGCAGGGUGUACAGAGUGUGCUCUGCUGGCAGUGAUGUCCUAUGACCGGUAUGUAGCUGUCUGCAAGCCCCUGCACUACUCCACCAUCAUGACUCAGAGGGUUUGUGUCCAGUUGGCUGUAGUCUCCUGGAUAAGUGGAGCAUUAGCAUGUUCAGUGGACAGUGCAUUUACAUUGUGCAUCCCUUAUCAGGGACAGAAUAUAAUUAAUCACUACUUCUGUGAGCCACCUGCCCUCCUAAAGCUGGCUUCAGCUGACACAUACAAUGCUGAAAUGGCUCUGUUUUUAGUGGGAGUGAUUAUCUUAUUAGCUCCUGUCUCACUAAUCCUUGUCUCAUACUGGAACAUCAUCUCCACUGUGAUCCGGAUGCAGUCUGGGGAGGGAAGGCUCAAGGUCUUUUCGACCUGUGGUUCCCACCUCACUGUUGUGGUCCUCUACUAUGGCUCUGGAAUAUUUGCCUACAUGAGACCCAAUUCCAAGACAAUGAGUGAAAAGGAUAAGGUUAUCUCUGUAUUCUAUUCGGUUAUGACUUCCAUGUUGAAUCCGAUCAUUUACAGCCUUAGGAACAAAGAUGUGAAAGAGGCACUUGGAAAACUGGUUGGAAGAUUAUGCACAGUCAAACCUGGUGAUGCAGACAUUUAAAAGGUAUUUGGAACCUUGCACUGACAAAGUAGUUCUAUCAUCUGCAUCCUUUCUUUUUCUCACAUGAGUAAAUCACAUUCCUUUCCUUUGCCUCCCUUGAAUGACUUGGGAAUCUAUUAACAAGUUAUCACAAAUACAGGGAUAACAAUUUUAGAAAUUCAAUAGAAAAAGAAUAUGUGAAGAUAUGGUAGAAG